UUCUUCCGUUCUUCGUUAAUCGUUUACACUUUACGUGUGUCGUGUACAGCUGUGGUUGUGUCAUUGUGAAUUGUGAAUACGUGUGGAGUGUGCCCUGUGCAGUGGUUCAGUUCAGAGAAGUAGUGAAUACAUUAUAGUAUUAUACAAUAGUGCAAUGUCUUCGACUUCAAACAUGUGGAAUUACUUUGUGAAAGUUGAUAAGCCUCAUAAGGGUGGUUGUUGUAAAUUAUGUAAUCUUAUCUUAAGAACUAGUGGCAAUACAACCAACUUAAAGCAGCACCUAAAGCGCAAGCACGCCUCAUUAAAUACCUCAAAAAAUGCUAAAUGUUCUAAAUCAAACACCAUUGUUUACACUUCAGUUGAAGACGAUGAAGCCGAUUCUCUAUUUGUUCAGUCCGUGGUAAGUUAUUAUGAUUUAACUAUUGAAAUAUGUCAAUACAUGGACAUUUCGUAUGUAUAAAAUAUAUGAUAUUAAUUUUUAAUUUCAGUCUGGUGCUCAAACCACCUUGGAUACAGUGGUUUCUCAGUCUCGACCAGAAUCUUCACGUUCCCUACAUUCUGAUUAUGACUCGUUGAUAUCAAAAACGAGCGAUACAUUGUCUGUGGUAUCAAAUAUAACUACUGCAAGCAGAUCGUCAACGAGCACGAGUUCAAAAUUAAUACAACCAACAAUCUAUC